AUGCCUGACAACUUCACUUUUGGAAGUGUUCUAAGAGCUUGUGAUAGAGGUAAAGAUCUUAUGAAGGUUAACCGGAUUCAUGGUUUCAUUAUCCAACUGGGUUUUAGAUAUCAUGAAGUGGUGAUUGGAUCAUUGAUUGAUGCUUAUGCAAGAUGCGGAAGUGUGAGAAAUGCAAGGUUUCUUUAUGAUUCUAUGGCAGAAAAAGAUCUGAUCUCUUGUACUGCACUGAUAACUGGAUAUGCACGUGAGAGAUGUACCACUGAUGCCUUGGAUCUCUUUAAUGAAAUAAAUCGGAUGCACAUGAGAAUGGAUAAGGUCAUCCUUUGUUCCAUGUUUAAUAUAUGCGCUAAUAUAGCAUCCUUGAGCUUAUCAAGACAAUUUCAUGCCUUUGCUUUAAAGAAUCAACCCAACUAUGAUACAGCAAUGGGUAAUGCUCUCAUAGACAUGUAUGCUAAAUCAGGAGAAAUUGAAGAUGCUAACCAUGCUUUUGAGGAGAUGCAGGGAAAAAAUGUUAUUUCAUGGACUUCAUUGAUUGCUGGAUAUGGGAAACAUGGAUAUGGAGAAAAGGCUAUUACACUUUUUCAGAAGAUGGAAGGUAGUGAGCUGAAGCCUAAUGAUGUGACAUUUUUGGCUCUUCUCUUUGCUUGUAGCCAUAGUGGAUUGAUCAGUGAAGGAUAUCAGUUCUUUGAUUUUAUGGUUAACAAAUACAACAUUAAUCCUAGAGGUGAACAUUAUGCUUGCCUGGUUGACCUUUUUGCACGUGGAGGCAAGUUAGAAAAGGCUUAUGAUCUGGUGCUGAAGAUGAAUGUUACACCUAAUGCCUCACUUUGGGGUUCUAUUCUAGGGGCAUGUAGAGUAUAUGACAAUAUGUCUCUUGGUGAAGUAGCAGCCAGGCAUCUAUUUAAUUUAGCCCCCCAGGAUGCAGUCAACUAUGUUGUUCUAUCGAGUAUAUAUGCCAUAGCUGGUUCUUGGAAGGAUGCUUGGAAGACAUGGAAAUUGAUGAAAGAUAAGGGUAUAGAAAAGGAUCCAGGAUGCUGCAUUAUUCAAUGCACAAAAUAG